AGCACACACUGUGUUGACAAAAAGAGAAGUUAUUUGUUACCGUGUCCAUGUAGCUGCAUCAUACGUUUACGCUGAGAAAUCUGGUUUCUUUGAAUCUACUGGCAUUCUUUACUUCUUGUACUUUUAAUACAGAAUGGACAGCAUUCUCGUCUCCUCCGACCAGGAAAAUAUAGGAAGUUCGUUUGUGCAUGUGGAAGAUUCUAGGAGUCUUGUAAGAUCUCCGGACUUUGAUUCCAUUCAUGAGAAAAUCGUAAGUAAAUCGAUCGAAGCUAUUGAAGCCAUCGAACGGAAACCGUCAAAAAACGUGAUACUAGAUACGAUAUCCGUGGUAUUCAUUCUUAAAUGUUUGAUUGACGAAGAUAUCAGAAGUACGAUGGAUACGCGACUUAUGACAAUCUUGACAAAUUUCGCCCAAAGACUUUCUGAUUCAAACGUUCACGUUUUUCUUCGCUACAACGAUGAACAAUUUGUAUCGGAUUUAACAUCUACUCGGAGAUCUCAAUCCGAUGUGCUAUCUCUGUUUACUGGAGACAUGGAGGAUGUACCUAAGUUAAUGAAAAUGGUGUGUGAUGGGGCACCUUACUUGAGGGUGUUGCGAGAUCGGAUAAAGCGCUGUAUAUAUUCUUUUGAAAUGAAGUCUAGCAAUCCUGCCCUGGAAAGCCUGAAGUUAUAUGUGUGUCUACUCAUAUAUAGAUUGUUUUUAUUAGGACAAAUGUAUACAAUAUCAGCAAACUUAUCAAACGCAACUGUAGCAAACAUGAUGAGGAUGGAAUUUAAUAGACUCUACAAAGACAGUAGAGAUUUCCUUUCCUUCCUGUUGAAGCCAACAAUCGAUAAAGCGACUUUUUUCUCUCUGUUCCAUAAAUCUGAGUUUCUAGAAGUUGAUAUGUUUUUAAGGGAACAAAAUUUGGUUCUUCCUAGUCUUGAAGCGGACCUGAUUGGUAAACGUUUUGCGAUUCAACCAACAAUACCGUCAGAUGUGUGGAUGAAUAUGGCUUCAAAUAUAUAUGGCACGAUAUGGGGAACUUCAUGUUUUCCUCAUCAAGAUCGGAUUCAAUUUGAAUUCCAUUCGCUUGGAAGAGACAAUUUGUUCUACAUAAGUCCACUGAGAUGGUCGUCGUGGUAUGUAUAUGUGCACACAAACGGAUAUCUAUAUGGGUCCUCAAAGAGGCCGGGAGAUGAAGGAAUAUUCAAAAUUGUCAAAGUGGAAAAUGACAAAUUCAUGUUGUCUGUUUUGAAAUGGCCUGGUGAAUUUAUCUAUAUGUCGAAUAUAUUUCCAAAUUAUAUACUAAGGGGUCGCCAUGGAGAUUUGAUGGAUGGGAGAUUCCAAUGGACUUUCAUUGAAACACAUAUCUUGAAUUAAAUUCUUCUAGCGUAACUGUAUUGAAAGUUUAUACAAGAGUUUCACACGCUUAAAGAAACAAUCAAACAAGUUUAAGGAAUUUUUAACUUGAAACUACCACAGUUUGAAGUCUAGGGUAAUGAUGUAUAUCUAAAAUUG